AUGGCGGUGGUGGGCGAGGAGUACUGCGACCUCAAGGAGCGGCUGCUCACAGUGCGCAAGACCUCCCACUUCUCCCCCGGCGACGGCUUCGCGGCCUACGACAACCGCACCGGCGGCCUCGCCUUCCGCGCCGACACCUACGGCCGCGGCCACGGCGGGGGCGCCGCCUCCCCGGGCGAGCUCGCGCUGCUCGGCCCCGCCGGCGAGCCCCUCCUCACCGUGCGCCGCCGCCGCCCGUCCCUGCACCAGCGCUGGGAGGGCUUCCUGGGCGCCCGCGCCGACGGCCAGAAGUCCCUCUUCUCCGCCCGGAGGUCCUCCAUUCUCGGCGGCGCCGGGCGCGGCGCCGUCGUCGAGCUCCUCCCUUCCCCCGCCUCCGCCGCUGCCGCCGAGCUCCGCGUCGAGGGCUCCUUCGGACGGCGCUGCUGCCGCGUGGUGGCCAAGGGCGAGGACGGGGAGGAGACGGUGGUGGCGGAGAUCCGGAGGAAGGUGGACGAGGCGGCGCGGGUGGUGAUGGGCAGGGACGUGUUCGUGCUGCGGGUUGGCCCCGGCUUCGACGCGGCCUUCGCCAUGGGUAUCGUCCUCGUGCUCGACCAGAUCGCCGGGGACGAGGCCGACGGCGGCGACGCCGGACAGGAUGUUGCCGUCCACGCCAGGAUUUGGUGA